UAAGUUUUGCCUGUGGUUUGGCAUAUAUCAAUACCUGUGCUUUGGCUAUUUUUGCAUUGUUGGUUGUUAUCAUUUGAAUUUGAUACUUUGUUAAAUGUUAUUUUAAAGGUGUAUAUUUAUAUUUACUGAGUUUUUUUCAUUAAUAGUAUCAAUGGCUGAAAGUACUAUCAAAAAACCGAUAUGUCUAAUUGUAUUAGGCAUGGCUGGUAGUGGAAAAACUUCUUUGGUAUCGAGAUUAGCCAAAUCUCAGAAAACAUCCAAUGUAAUUAACUUGGACCCUGCUUGCAUAAAUCUGCCUUUUUCUGCUAAUAUUGAUAUUAGAGACACAGUGAACUACAAAGAAGUAAUGAAACAUUAUAUGUUGGGCCCAAAUGGUGCCAUUGUGACAUCGCUCAACCUAUAUGCAAAUAAGUUCCCAGAAGUUGUUGACUGUCUCUUAAAAUCUAAAAAUGAUUUGUGCAUCGUCGAUACCCCAGGACAGAUCGAAGUGUUCACAUGGUCAAUAUCAGGAACGAUCAUCACAGAAUCUUUGGCAUCAUUCUUUCCAACAGUGAUUUUAUAUGUUGUUGAUACUGCUAGAAGUACUUCUCCUGUAACUUUUAUGUCAAACAUGCUUUAUGCAUGCUCCAUUUUGUUUAAGGCAAGACUGCCAUUUAUUGUAGUGAUGAAUAAAGUUGACAUUAUUGAUCAUUCUUUUGCAAAAGAUUGGAUGACUGAUUUUGAAUCUUUUCAAGAAGCCUUGGAAGCUGAUGAAAGUUACAUAAGUAACCUGACAAGAUCUAUGGCUUUAGCACUAGAUACAUUUUAUGAAAAUUUGAAUGUAUGUGGAGUUAGUGCAGCUACUGGAAAAGGAAUUGAAGAUUUAUUCAAACUUGUAGAUAAAGCUGCUGAAGAAUAUGAGAGGGAAUACCGGGUGGAAUGGGAAAAAAGAAAAAUUGAAGCAGAAGCCAAACAGUCUCUGAGAAAAAAUGAAGUUGAGGAAAUAAAAGCAUCUUCCUCACUACAUGAGGUUCCUGCAGGUAGAGAAUUGUCUGAAAUUUACUUGCGCCAUUGUGCAGAUGACAGUAGUUCAGAUUCAGAAGGAGAAGAAGCUCCAUUUGAAGCUGAAAAUGAUGAGGAAGCAUUUGAUGGGGAAACAUUUAACAAAGCACUUGAACAACAAAUAAAAAGAGCGAAAGAAGCAGAGAUGAAAAGAAGAAAAAACACUUGACAGAUGAGUGUUGUAGUUCAUAGAGCCAUAAUUUGUAUCAUAUUUAAUGACUAGAAAUUAAGAAUAGUUUAUAUACUCAUGACUUAUGACAA